AUGCUCGAACGGCUGGAGGGUGUUGUGUACUGCGUCGUGGAGCUGUACUGGUUCGCUGCAGUACUCGUGGAGCUGUAUUGCGUCGAAGGUGUGUAUACUGAAGACGGACUAACCGCCAACGCCAACGUCGCUGUAGUCGAAGAAGAGUACACCGCUGUCGUUGCCCUGGAAGCAGUCGAAGAAGAGUACACCGCUGUCGUUGCCCUGGAAGCAGUCGAGCCAGAGCCGGUGCAGGUCUGCCCGUUGGGACAGCAUCCCUCAGUCCCAUCAGACCUAGUGAAGCAGAACUUUCCAGGGCUGCAACUCCCGAGCUGGCUGGGACAGCAUUGCUCGUCCAGAUCUAUGCAGCCCGUACCGCACUCUUUCUGGCCUUGUGCUGCGCAAGAAUACGUGGAGCCGGUGCAAGUCUGGCCGUUGAGACAGCAGCCGCCACCCGCAACGCAAUACUGA